AUGGGAAGUGCUUUCAGUUUCCUGACAAGUUACGUCCGAAGUCGGACAAACGAGUCAGAGCCAAACGUAAACGCUUUUAGCAACGACGAAAACGUAAAUACGCAACAAAAUGACAGUGAGAACUUCAUCCGUACUCAAGAUGGCGUUCGUUGCAGCGAUUCAGAGCUCAACAGCGCUGAUCAAAACCGAGAGAAAGCCGCGAUCGAGUCUGUUAACGGCGCAACGUACAACCUACAAAUACAGAUUCGCGAUUCCACCGGUAAUGUUUUGAUCGGCGAUAACAAUAACAUUGAUUUCCAGCCAUCAGGAAAAGAUAUGGGGAGCAUUACAGAGGUCGAUGCUCCUCCAAUGGAUAUGACGAACCGAACAACGGCACCGGUGGACGUGAAAACCCAGAUCUCUACGACAGCUCCAGUUGCGUACAUUGAUAUCACAGCUAACAAUGUAAUCGUCGGAGAUAGAAAUGAAAUUAAAGUGCCGUCUAGAAGUGAUCGAGUGUCCACAUACGACUCCCUCAUGCGUCAUCGAAAACCGAACGAUACAAUUGACUUUAGUCAAAUGAACGGCAAAACAGAGUGCUAUAGGCGUUUAUAUUCGACGCCAUAUCGGUUGCCAUCGCCGGGAGUUGCACCUCAACUUAAAGAAGUGUUUGAGCAAAUGGCAAAAAUAGUCGAUACGCUUUAUCCUUUGCGGGACAAAGGGGAAUGGAAUGAAUUUGACAAAAAGUUGAAUCUUCUCCAGUCAGAAUAUGAAAGCCAACCAGAGAUUAAGUGUUUUCUCAUGCUCGAGAGAUGUGUAAGGCUAACAUACCAAAAACGAUUAGAGGAAGCAAGAAAAAUUGCGGAUGAUGUUUUACAAAUUGUAACAAACGAACUCUAUGGGCUGUCACGUGAAAUAUUGGGUUUGUUUACAAAUAUUGCUUUAGCGAGCAUAUUUCGGCGUGAAGGGGAGGAAGGGAAGAAGCUAGGAAGCGCGAGUGAUUGCCUCGAAAACGCAAAGCAAAGCGGCGAAAGCUUGAGAGGAAUCAAUUUAACGAUUCCCAAAUUUGCUCUAGCUCUACUUAAUUACGAACAAGGGCGCCUUUGGUCAGAAUUUGCCAAGAUGACACUUAACCCUAAGAGUGCCAAAGCAGAGGCACGCAAGUUUCUGGGCUUUUCUAUCGACCGCUGUAGAGAACUUUCGGAUGAGAAUCGUUUAUAUACAGCUAGGCAGGGCUUUGCUCUUCUUGAUCUGGCGUGUUUAUCUAUUCCCAAUUCAAGGGCAUCGAAGAAGUCGUCAGUAACACAAACAAGAAGGUACCUUGAUGAGUUCAGUCGUAGCCAUAAUCAAGUCGAAGACACACCUGUAGCUGCGAAAAUAAAGUACCUCAUGAUGGAGUCAAAACUUUGCUUUCUCGAGGAGAAUUAUUCCAGAGCAGAAGAACAUGCAGGUAAAGCUCUUAAUAAAGCAAAACAAUAUAAAUUUGAAUUGGAAAUUGGUCCAGCCCAAGAUCAGAUCGAUCGCAUAUGUGUCUCCAGUGCAUCACAAGCUAAGCUACACGUUAAAAAUAUUGCCAGCAGGUACGCCUGCAAUUCUACCACCACGACGGAUUCGGAUCAGAGCGCGUCCAGAUCAGACUAA